AUGGCGAAGCCUCGGAAGUCGAAGAAUGAAGAGCAGAAAGCUGAUAAUUCUGAGGCCGUUGUUAAGCAUCAGAAGCUCUGUUUAUCGAUUGAUAUGGAGAAGCGUCGAAUUUACGGGUACACUGAGCUUGAAAUAAUUGCACCAGAGAAUGGGAUUGUGGGUUUGCAUGCAGAUAAUUUGGCGAUCGAUAGUGUAACAGUUGAUGGAGAGCCUGCUCAGUUUGAAGUUUUCCCUCAAUAUUUUGAUUUGGCCCGUGGUGAUAGAUGGUCCGCUGUUUCAACAACAACAUCAGCUGCUGAUGCUGCUGGUUAUGUUUAUCUGUCAUCUCUUGAGAGGGAAUUGGCCCCUAAUUUGCUCAUAAUGUGCAGCAAAUCUUCAAAGUCAGAUACCGAACAACACGGUCAAGCGGAUUUAGAGAGUGAAGUACAAACAUCAACAGAAAGUACUCAGAAUGCGAAGGUUGUUAGGAUUGAAUACUGGGUGGAGAAGGCAGAAACGGGAAUUCACUUUGAUGAUAAUGUUCUGCAUACUGAUAACCAGAUCAGGCGCGCCCGGUGUUGGUUCCCUUGCAUGGAUGACAAUUUGCAGCUGUGCAGCUUUGAUAUGGAAUUUACUGUGGCUCAUGAUUUUGUGGCAGUCAGCACUGGAACUUUACUUUAUCAGGUUUUGAGCAACGAAGAUCCCCCACGUAAAACAUUUGUUUACAGAUUAAGUAUUCCUGUCGCCCCACGAUUUAUAUCUUUCGCAGUAGCACCUUUUGAAAUUGUUCCUGAUCAGCACAAUGCAAUGCUGUCUCACAUGUGUCUAUCAACUAACUUGUCAAAGCUUCAGAAUUCUGUUGCCUUUUUCCACAAUGCUUUUAGCUACUAUGAGGAAUAUCUUUCUGCAUCAUUUCCUUUUGGAUGCUAUACACAAGUUUUUAUCAGUCCUGAGAUGGCAAUAUCUUCAUUGAGUUUGGGGGCUGCAGUGAGCAUCUUCAGCUCAAAUGUCCUGUUUGAUGAUAAAGUUAUUGAUCAGACUAUUAGCACGAGGAUUAAGCUUGCUUCUGCGCUCGCAAGGCAGUGGUUUGGUGUAUACAUUACGUCUGAAGCACCCAAUGAUGAUUGGUUGUUGGAUGGUCUUGCUGGGUUUUUGACUGAUUCAUUUAUCAAAAGAUCUCUUGGAAACAAUGAAGCGCUAUACAGAAGAUAUAAGGCAAAUUGUGCAGUCUGUGGGGCGGAUGAUAGCGGUGCCACUGCCUUGUGCUCUUCUGCUUCUUCAAAAGAUCUAUAUGGAACCGAAUGCAUUGGUUUCUAUGGAAAGAUAAGAUCUUGGAAAUCUGUUGCAAUCCUCCAAAUGCUGGAAAAGCAAAUGGGUCCGGAGCAUUUUCGAAAAAUUCUUCAGAUAGUUAUCUCUCGAGCUCAGGAUACGAGUCGGCCCUUGAGAACUCUCAGUACUAAAGAGUUUCGACAUUUUGCGAAUAAAGUUGGAAACCUUGAACGCCCUUUUCUCAAGGAAUUCUUUCCUCGUUGGGUUGGAUCUUGUGGCUGUCCAGUGCUCAAGUUGGGGUUCUCAUAUAGCAAAAGGAAGAAUAUAGUUGAGGUGGCUGUACUUAGGGGAUGUACAGCUAGACCAGAUGCAAGCUCUGCACCAUCUAAUGGAAAUCCUGAUCCUGAAAAACAGGAGGGUGAUGUUGGAUGGCCUGGGAUGAUGAGCAUACGAGUACAUGAGUUUGAUGGUAUGUAUGACCAUCCCAUGCUACCAAUGUCUGGAGAAUCUUGGCAGCUGCUGGAAGUACAGUGUCACUCAAAACUUGCUGCCAAACGUUUUCAAAAGUCUAAAAAGGGUUCUAAACCCGAUGGCUCUGAUGAUAAUGCUGACUAUGUGCCUGCUUUGGAAGUACGAUCAAACUCUGAUUCCCCACUGCAGUGGCUUAGGGCAGAUCCAGAAAUGGAGUAUCUAGCUGAAAUACACUUCAACCAGCCUGUGCAGAUGUGGAUUAAUCAACUAGAGAAGGACAAAGAUGUUGUUGCACAAUCACAGGCUAUAGCUAUGUUGGAGGCAUUGCCGCAGAAAUCAUUCUCUGUUGUUAAUGCUUUGAAUAACUUUCUGACAGACUCCAAGGCUUUCUGGAGAAUCCGCAUAGAGGCAGCAUUUGCAUUGGCUCAUACUGCAUGUGAGGAAACGGAUUGGGCAGGCUUACUCCAUCUGAUCAAAUAUUAUAAAAGUCGGAGGUUUGACCCCAAUAUUGGUCUCCCCAAACCAAAUGAUUUUCAUGAUUUCCAGGAGUACUUUGUACUUGAGGCUAUCCCAUUAGCUGUAGCUACGGUCAGGACAUCAGAUAAUAAAAGUCCUAGGGAAGCUAUUGAGUUUAUUUUGCAGCUUUUGAAGUAUAAUGACAACAAUGGGAAUCCCUACACUGAUGUUUUCUGGCUUGCUGCAAUGGUGCAGUCUGUUGGCGAGCUUGAAUUUGGUCAACAGACAAUUGUCUAUCUGUCCUCCCUUCUCAAGCGCCUCGACCGGCUUUUGCAAUUUGAUAGAUUGAUGCCGAGCUAUAAUGGAGUAUUGACCAUCAGUUGCAUUCGUUCAUUGACUCAAAUUGCUAUGAAGCUUUCAGAAUUUGUUCCUCUUGAUCGUGUUAUCAAACUGAUUGAACCAUUUCGUACCUAUAAUACACUAUGGAAUGUUCGAGUAGAAGCAAGUAGAGCUCUCCUGGAUCUUGAAUUUCAGUCCUCUGGAAUUGAUGCUGCAUUAUUGUUGUUCAUAAAAUUUUUGAGUGAGGAGAAUUCUUUAAGAGGGCAAGUUAAGUUGGGUGUACAUGCUUUGCGACUAUGUCAGAUGAGAACUGGAUCUGAUCCUGACAAUGAAGUAAAAAGUGCUACACUUGUUACUUUCCUUAGAUUGCUAGAGAGCCCUUUAGCUUUCAACAAUGUUAUUCUUCGACAUCACCUUUUUUGCAUCUUGCAAGUACUUUCCCGAAGGUCUCCAACGCUCUUUGGGGUGCCAAGGGAUCCGACACUGAGAAAGGGGCAUGCCUUUGGCAGUGAACUAAAAACACUUUUUGCUGAUCUAGUCAAACAGGCCAAACAUCCUGAACCCUCUUUAGAUGCUCUUGACCUUACUUGUGAUGGUCCAGUAAAUCCCCAGGUUUCCCAAGAACCAGACAUUUUGACAAAUAUCCCCCUCGAUCCUGUAUGUGAUGUUUCCCAGGGACCAGAGCUUUUUUCAAAUGGUCCUGUUGAGACAAAUCGAGUAGGUGCACAUGAUAGUUCCGAUAUCCCUGAAGUCAAAACUGAAGUUGAUACUGCUUCCAAGAGUAGUGAGCUGCUGAAUCCAGUGGCUGAACUUGGAAAGUCUGAUUUAGUUCUUCCGGAAGUUGAAGUGCAUGCUUGCUCUGAUAAGCGUGACUUAUCAGAACAAGCGAUAGACCAAUCAGAAGCUUGUAAAGAUGUACGUGGUUUUGAAAAUAUCAACAUAUCAGGGCAAGUUGCUGACAAACUAGAUGGUCAUAUCAUCAAUAGAGAUGUUGCUGGAGGACUGACCAGGCCUGAUAUUCAGGAGAAAAUGAAGCCAGCUUCAGACCUUUUGCAAGGUCAUGUGAUCCCUGUUGAAGCUUCCAAAGAGCCUGAUACUGUUUCCAAUACAGUUUCCAAUGGUCUUGAGCGCAAGAAGCCUCUUUUCCGGAUUAGGGUCAAACACUCUGCUGCAUCUAGUAGGGCAGAGGAUCCGGACACUGUUAAUAUGGAUAAGUCUCGAGAUGGACUUCCUGAGGCUGGUGCAAGCAGUUCAGUAUCUGUUGAUGCACCUCAAAGAAUGUUUAGCCAGAGCAAUCAGAACCUUGAGGAUGUAUCUUCUUUUCAUGACGGUGGCUCCCGAGUCACAGCGAGUAUAGGCAGCGCCAAAUUUGCAGCUGACGGUGAUGAGCUAGGAAAAGAAUUGCAGUGUACAGCUGAUUCAAGCAAAGUAUCGAAGUUAUUGCCGCCUGGAGACCACACAUCUACCAGCUUCGUGACAGAUGAUUACUCUGAAAUGAGGACGGGUAAAUAUGCAAGUUUGACACGUCUCUCUAUCGAUGGACCUCCGACUGGGUUAAUUAUCAAGGAGAGGGACAAGAAAAAGGAUAAAGAUAAGAAACGGAAGCGUGACGAACACAAACCUCACCACAAUGAUCCAGAAUACUUGGAGAAGAAGAGACUAAAGAAGGAGAAGAAGCGUAGGGAAAAGGAGAUUGCCAAGCUCCAUGACAAGGCAAAGGCAUCUCCUUUGCUAGUGCCGAGUAAGAGAGAGGAAACUAAUGGUGAUCCAGUCAGAGCGACUCCGUCUCUGAAAUUCCAGGUCAAGAAACAGGAACCCAAGCGUGAAUUGGCAAGAACUAGUAGGGAAGCUCAAGCUAGUCCCUUGGAGCACGGGAAUAGAACAAUAGAUGAUGAAACUAAGUUGGGCACAGAAGUUGGGAAGCGAAAGGCUCCUUCAGAGGAAUUGUAUAAUAAGAGUUGUGAUCCUGGACCGUCGGACUGUGGGCAACCAAAGCCAGGCGAACCAGGUGGACGGAAGUUAGCAAUGAAUACAGCAGGUAGUGUAAAUGCUACACAAAGUAGUUCAUCUCACAAGUUUAAAAUCAAAAUUAAGAAACGAACGCUUGAUAAUACAUCAUGA